GAGAGAAAGAGAAAGUAUGACAUCAGUGCACUGAAGGACAAAAACAUUCCGAGUCUUUCCUACAGAGGGCGCUGUUCCACUUCCACUCAGACUACGGAAUCUAUAUUGCCACAUAGUGGUGUUGGGGAAGGAAGGAAACCGAAAUUAUUGUGAAGCUUGAUUUAGUCGUCAUGAGUCUUUCGGCAGGUGCGAGGGGCAGGAUAUGACGUGUGCUGGGUGGGAGGAGUCAUGAGACUUCUGGAUGUGUUUGAUGUUCAGAGAGUGCGCUUAUGGAUAAUUAUAUCCGAUUAUUCCUCAAGAUUUGUGUACAGUCUGUUCUCUCUCUCUCUCUCUCUCUCUCUCUCUCUCUCUCUCUCUCUCUCUCUCUCUCUCUCUGUGUGUGUGUGUGUGUGUGUGUGUGUGUGUUAUUGCUGUACAAGGCAGUGGCGGAGGAUAUAUCCUUUAUUUUCCUUUUAAUUAUUGAAAUUAAUUAAAAAUAAAAUAAAAUUCAGGAUCAAUUCAGAAACAUGUCAGUCAUGUUCAGCUUUAUUAUUUAAAAUAAUUUAUUAAUUUUAAAGAACAGUUUGUGGAUAUGACACGUGAAUUUUCCAGAGGUUUAUACACAUUAAGUCACUUAAAUGUUCUAUUUAUUUAUUUAAUAUAUUUGUUUUAUGUAGUGCUGUGCAAUGGCGUAAUAUCCGUCACGUUUUAUUUGCAUAGAUAGACUGAUUAUUUUCACUUGUUUAAGUUGAUUGUAUAACAUGUUGCUUUAUUAAAUCAUAUUAUAUAUGUAUAAUGUAAAAUGACGUCAUAUGUAUUCUAUAAACGUAUAUAAGGCCGGUAUCAAGUGCAGGUGAACGUCUCUACGCUAACAUUCUUCCUACACUAGGUAGGGCACCUACACAGGGAGCAGGGAGAGAAGUAGCGCGUGAGUUUGGCUGGUGGGCGUGGCCUAAGGGGGGUCACACCUGCGAGCUGUUGGGGGUUUGCGCAUGCGGAGAGUGUAGUUUGCGGCGGCUCGCGCUCUCCGCAGUAUGAUGAGGAUGGGCAUGUACGGUACCGGCUGUACCGAUUCCUCACCUGUGCGCGUGAAAUAAAGGAUUAUAAUGCAGGUUAUGUCCAUAUAUUCACUCGCUCUACAAUGCUGACCUUUGACCUUUUAAGUUCUGACCCUGAAGCCGUGAAGAAGCAGCAGAGCAUUAUGGGUCGCAGCAGAUGGACAUACGGACAUGAGGAAGAACCGAUUCCUGAGGAGAAGAGCAGGACCAUACAGCUUGGAUGAAUGGUUUUAAAUCAUGCAUCAUAUCUUGUUUAUAUUCUAAAUAAAAACGCCUUCUUAUUCUGGACAGAAGUUAAAUUAUUAUUUUAUUUAGAUUUUUUUUAGAUUUAAAUCUUAUAAAUGGAAGAUCAUGUUUCAUUUAAUCACUUAGCUUACAAAAUCCAAUCACUCAGUGCUCCUUUAAACCCCGUCCACACACGGGCCAUUCGGGACUGGCUUGGGCUCUGACGCCCUCUGUGACCCCGUGACCUCGACCAUGGCCAGUGGGAAAGCAUCCAUUGGCCCAACAAAUGAGAGCCUCGUACCUGAACGUCCUUCCUCUCCAGAACCUUCUACAUCCUGUGUACCAGACCCCAAACACGAACAAAGAUCUCACCUGAACCUUUUAACUGAAGCUGCUCCAACUGCUCCUCCACCUCCACCCCUGCCUCCUCCACCUCCACCCGAGGCCCUGACCACACCCGCUCAUCCACACGGUUCGCGCAAGAAACGUCGUGUCCGUAGCUUCUACUGGAAACCCAUCCCAGAGGAGAAAGUCCGCGGCAAACCCAACAUUUGGACGCUGGCGGAUAGACAGCAGCACUACCAGAUUGACGUGAGGACCGUGGAAGAGCUGUUUGGCCAGCAGGAGGAGGUGCGCACGCAGAGCGCCAGCCGUAAUCCUCGAAUAGGAACAUGCAGAGGUUCCUUCAAGGAGAGCAAAGAUGAGAUCAGCAUUUUAGACUCAAAGAGAGGGAUGAACAUGGGUAUUUUCCUCAAACAGUUCAAGAAGUCUAAUCAGGCUGUAGUGGAAGACAUCCGGCUGGGGAACAGUACGCAGUUCCGACUGGAGCCUCUGAAAGAGCUGCUCAAACUGCUGCCUGAGGAAGAAGAGAUCAGAAAGUUGCGGGAAUUUAAAGGAGAUCCAACAAAGCUCAGCAUGGUGGAUUCUUUCAUGUUUUUGCUGAUCCAGGUACCAUGUUUUGACGUGCGAAUCGAGGCCAUGGUCCUGCAGGAGGAGUUCUCUCCAUCUUGUUCAGCAUUGAGUCGAGAGCUUAAUAUUGUACGCUUGGCCACGGAAGAGCUAAUGACAUGUGAAGAACUUCACGCCAUCCUGCACCUAGUCCUCCAAGCUGGAAACAUCAUGAACCAGGGAGGUUACGCAGGAAAUGCUGUGGGCUUCAAGCUCUCCUCACUCCUCUCACUAGCAGAUACCAAAGCCAACAAACCGGGCAUGAACCUGCUCCAUUUUGUGGCCUUGGAAGCACAGAAGAAAGAUGAGAAUCUGCUGAAGUUCCCAGAGAAGCUAACACAUGUACAAAGUGCUGCAAGGAUCUCGGUGGAAAACAUCGAAGCAGAAUUCUCCUCACUCAGUGUCAGGAUGCAGGCUCUUGAGGAGAAGAUUCAGGAUAAUGCUGAGCUGCUUCUGCAGUUGAAUCCAUUUGUGCAGAGUUCAACACAAACUCUUCAGGACCUGAAACAACGCAGGCUGGACCUGCGCAAGGAGGGCAAUGUUCUUAUUGAUUUCUUCUGUGAAGACAAAGACACGUUCAAACUCGACGAGUGCUUCAGGAUCUUCCAAGACUUCUGUCUCAAGUUUGAGAAAGCUGUGAAGGAUAAUCUAGAUAGGGAGUUGAAGGAAACUGCCAGGCAGCAGCGUCUCCGCGAGCUGGAAGAAAGGCGCGUUGCCUGGGCUGCUGCCAGCGGGGAUCAGAGCGGCAGUGGUAAUUUUGGCCGCAGCAGCAGUGAAAAUGAUGUGGACAUUCUCACCAAAGACGGCCUCCUAGACUUCUUGCUGCAUCCCCGACCUCACAGUCCCCACAGUCCACUGGAACGCUCUGCAAGCGCCCGCCGUUACCGCCACUCAACAACCGAGCGCAACCUCCGUGGCUACCUGGAGCUGUUUUCUGGGUCUCCUGUGGCUGACAUCACUAAAUUCAGCAGCCUUCCACGGUCAGGACGUCCUCACCAAAGAAGAACCAUAGCCUGGCUGACCACAGCAGAUGAUAACAGAGAGCUGGGGCCUCAAAAGAAACUCCAUCAUGAGAAGCUGGUAACUUCCCCAACGGCAGAGACUGAACCAAUCAGCCCCCUGGCUAGAUACUCAGUGUCGAGCUACACUAGGGAGAUUGAUGUUUACAGUAAUAAUAAUUAUGCAGCUGUUUCUGAAGGUAUACAUUCUUCUCAGCUAGGUCACAACAGGAACUGGAUGGAGAAACAUCAUGAUGUUGGACACAUGAAUGUUAGUGUAGAAAAACACACAUUGGUGUCUGGGCCUCAUGCCUUUGAGCUGUCAAAUCCUAAAGAUAAUAAUAAUAGCAGUUACACACCACUGGAUAACCAAGGAGAUCUUGCUGUGACAGAUGUAGAGAAGGAAAGAGACAUUCCAAAAACAACUUUUCUAGACACCCCUCCAUCUAGUAGGGGAUCUGAGGAAGCACCACAAUCAGGGCCAGUGUAUGACACUAAAAUAAUUUCUCAGAGAGAGGAGGAAGAGGAAAACAGCACUGUCUCCUCAACAACAUGUGACACACCUUUGCCUCUUGACCCCUUGUUGUCCAAUAAGAAAGCUAAUCCUUACAUUCUGGACUGCACUGAAACUGAUUGCUCUGUUAUAUUAGACUUCUCAGAACUAGAGAGUACCCCUAUUUUUAAAGAAGGGUCUCACCUUGACAUAAAACCACAGGACAACAACUUCCAAAACCUCCUUCAAGACCUUAGUUCGCUUUCUUCCAACUUUGAGUCUUUGUCCACCAAUGAUCCAUCUUUGUCAGUAUCUGCUGAUGAACCAUUUGAAGGGAAACCAGCAGAAGAGCACCCAAUUAUUCCAUCUGUUACCACAGAUGCGGCAGACGGCGACAGCGGUGACAUGGCAGAAGGUAGAAAGGUGGGUGAGAAAGCAGUGCAGAUAUGUAGUCCCAAACCAGCCAACCUGAAAACUAAGAUACCAUCUAAACCUGCUGCCACUCGAAGAGAACGUCCUGCAAGAACCCUUACGCCAACUGAGACCAGACAUUUGCGCAAAGUGGUACCAAUCACCAAGGCAAGUCGUUCUGGCAGCAAUGCUAAGAGAGUAGAGAAAUCUUUUGUGUAUAAGAACUCAGAACCAAGACGUCCACUGCGUGACCAGAGCAUGCCUGCAAGAAAGGGUGACAAGCAGGGUAGACCAGCUCGCCAUUCUAGCCUUCCUCCCGAGUCCAAGGCAGAAAGAGGUACAACCACGAGUGUUGCAGGCUCUCGGGUGGCUCAAGAUCCCACUCCACACAGGCCUUCCAUAAAGAAACCGACUGCCAAACCUGUCCGCAAUAUCCCCAGACCUCCAGUAGAAGAGAAAAUGUGUCGCUCUACCAUGAGAGCCUUGGCACAGGCUCAGGCUGUAUCUGAUGCUAGUGUUCCUCAAACACCAACCCAUGCCCGGAAGUCUGCCUCAGCUCUGCCAAGUUUUGCUCGCAACACUGUUGCUUUCUCUUCUAGAACCACAAAGGACUUGGCCACACAGCCUGUACCAGGGACUCCGUUAAAGAGCUCAACCUUAUCGAGAACUUCCUCGCUGAAGGUGCCUUCUGGAAGUAAGGCAAACUCUGUAUCUAGUGGACACUCUGCCCAGGGUGAACCAACUGGAUCUUUAAGGAGGGUUCAGAGUGUCCGGGCCUCUGGUCGAAUCACUUUACAGACGGACACACCCUCACCACAGACUGGGCAGGAGCAAUCCCGAAAGGGUAGCAGUUUUUCAGAGAAAUCCUUCCUGAUAAGAGACUCCACCAGUGGCAGGAUUCUCAAGCCCAUUUGGAAGUAGAAUAGAUGGACAAAAAGACAUUACGAUCUCACACACUUACAUUUUUUUUGUUCAUCAUCUAAGACUUAUCUGAAUGUAUCUAAAGCCUUUUACAUGUAGCUGAAGUUCUACGUAUUAAGCUAGUUUUCCAAAAGAGACUAGCUGCUGUCAAUAUUUGACAACCCAUUUUAGUGGUAGCACUUCAUCCAUAUAAGGAUGUUAUUGAUGGCCUUUUUAACAGCAGACAUUAAAUGUUGCAUCAUCUUA